CUUGGGUCUGCCUGGGUGCCUGCGGGGCCCUUCCUGGUCACCCCUGCUCUCUUCACUCCAUCUUCCAAUCCUCAUUCCCCUUGUCACCUCUUGGAGUCCCUCCUAAGCAGGGGUCACUGGGAACCCCUACCAGGAUGUGAGUCCCUUUACCUGUAAUGCUGUGGCUGGCCCUUGGCCCCUUCCGUGCCAUGGAGAGCCAGGUGCUGGUGAUUCGCAUCAAGAUUCCAAAUAGUGGCGCGGUGGACUGGACCGUGCACUCCGGGCCGCAGCUGCUCUUCAGAGAUGUGCUGGAUGUGAUAGGCCAGGUUCUGCCUGAAGCAACAACUACAGCAUUUGAAUAUGAAGAUGAAGAUGGUGAUAGAAUUACAGUGAGAAGUGAUGAAGAAAUGAAGGCGAUGCUGUCAUAUUAUUAUUCCACAGUAAUGGAACAGCAAGUAAAUGGACAGUUAAUAGAGCCUCUGCAAAUAUUUCCAAGAGCCUGCAAGCCUCCUGGGGAACGGAACAUACAUGGCCUGAAGGUGAAUACCCGGACUGGACCCUCUCAGCAUACUAGCCCAUCAGUCUCAGAUACACUUCCAAGCAAUAGCUUAAAGAAGUCUUCUGCUGAACUAAAAAAAAUAUUAGCCAAUGGCCAGAUGAAUGAACAAGACAUACGGUAUCGAGACACCCUUGGUCAUGGCAACGGAGGCACAGUCUACAAAGCAUAUCAUGUCCCAAGUGGGAAAAUAUUAGCUGUAAAGGUUAUACUACUAGAUAUUACACUGGAACUUCAGAAACAAAUUAUGUCUGAAUUGGAAAUUCUUUAUAAGUGUGAUUCAUCAUAUAUCAUAGGAUUUUAUGGAGCAUUUUUUGUAGAAAACAGGAUUUCAAUAUGUACAGAAUUCAUGGAUGGGGGAUCUUUGGAUGUAUAUAGGAAAAUUCCAGAGCAUGUCCUUGGAAGAAUUGCAGUAGCAGCCAACAUCCUUACAUGACAUCCCUUUGGCUUAGCAGUACUGACCUGUUCAUGUAUCAUGUGUUUGCAGGACCUUAAUGCUCACCUUGACCAGCGGAAUUUCUAACUUCUUCAAAAGAAAACUGUUUGUAGUUAUAAACAUAUGAUUAGAUUUUAAUAUUCUAAAUUAUUAAGAUAAUCGAGGAAAAAAUACUACUCUUAAAUGUUUUUGCAGUCCUUUUGUGUUCUUGAUUUUUCAUUUUUGUAUCAACUAUAUCUCAGAACUUACUCCUUUACGAUUAAAAGCAGUUUCCAUAUUCAUUAAUAAAAUUUACUAUGUAAAUUGCCAAUUUUAAAUUUGGAAUAAUGUAGACAAACAGUGUCUAAGAGAAAUCACUGGGUGGUAUAAUAGUAAACAAUUGCUAAACUAAAGGCAUUCUAAUAACUUACAUGGUUUAAUGCAGAACAAAGUGAUUAUAUCAUGCACUACUUAAUUAAAUGGCUUAUUUUCACAUUCAUUAUACAUCAAACUAACAACUCAAAUUCUUUAAUCCAACAUGGACACUUACUUAGUCUUAGUUCAUUGUAAUUCACAGCUUUCCUUUUUUCUUUCUAAUUAUUAGUGUGAACUCCUCAGGAUGCUGAGAACUUUCUUUUCUGAUGCUGUUGCUGCUAAGAAGCUUCUAAUCUACAUGUGUAGGAAGAUUAGUGUAGUAUGAAAUUUGCGUACUUAAAUCACUAUUUUAGAUGAAAAUAAAAAUGUUUCAUUUCCUCUUUUAAUCUCAAUGGGAAUAAGUGCUUUGUGGCUUUUGGCAGUUCUUGACUUUAAAGUUUAAUAACAUGUAAUAAAAGGCAAAAACGGCAAAGAUACCAAUUGAAAAAGAAAAAAGUGUACAGGUUCUAUAUUCUCAAUUAUCUAUUGAACUUAACAAAAAUAGACAUCUGCCUUCUUCAGUAAAGAAGCAUGUUCUUUCUGAACUUCGUAAAUCUUGCCUCCCUCUCACGUAGGGCAUCCAGACAAGGCCACUGGUUUUCAAUUCAACUAGCAAGGAAGACUGUAAAGUGAAAAGAGUCAGCGGGAAAGAAACAAUCCAGCUUUAAAUAUAGGCUUGCCUAUUGGGUAAUUGAAAAUACAACUAAAAUUGUUUUUGUGAAAGACACUAAAAUAAGUGUGAGUCCAAGUCAUUGUUUACAGUUGCCAUAAUAUAUUUCUUUAAAUUAGGGGUUGUUUUUGUUUCUUUAUGUUUGUUCUAAAAUGUAUCAGUUUCCUCCAGCCUUUAUGUCUCAUCAGGUCAUAGUAAUGAGAACUGCUUACGGCUGGAGUAGAAGAAAUGCUUUUCUUCUGACACUUUUUAUAAACUCUGUAAUGCUUCCAAAGUAUAGUCUUCCUUCCUUUCUCCAUCCCCUCUCCCUCCCUUCUUUUUUGUUUGUUUCCAAAGUGCAGUUUUUGGUGUGUGUAAAAUUUGAAUAGGCUACAAACUUGGAUAAUCCUCUGUUGUAGCUGAAAAAGAUCAGAUUGGCACAGUGCUAGUACCAGUCAAAAUAUGCUACAAAUUAAUGGGUUGUAGGUCAUGGUUUGAAAAAUACAUGUUUGCACAGCUUGAUUGAGUUCCUAGUGUAUUUGAUUACUUCUUCUAUAGUGGUCCAAAGAUGGCACCAGCGUCCCUUAAGUUCCCUCAGUGAGGUCAAGAAAGCACAUGAAUAUAUUCUGUUGCCAAGUCUAAAGCAACAGAAUCAGAAGGUGGGAAAUAGGUGAAUAUUGAAUAUUUCCUGUGUCAAUUACUGUUGCGUGUUUAUUUACAAGUAUUAUGUCAUCUAGUCUUUACAGCAACCCUGGGUUAUUGAGCAUUUAUUAUACCAUGCAAAGUGAGAUUUAGAAAAGUUAACUCACCCAACAUUAUUGUCUAACUAACCAAUGCUCAUUUUAACAAGGGGCUAUCUGAACCCAGACCCAUUGCCUUUUCACUGUGCUUUCGUUAAGAAUCUGAGAAAAAAUAAUGAGCAAUAAAAGGGAGAACUGGGUUAAAAAGGAGGAAAAAAGAAUGAGAAAAUAAAGGAGUAAAGCAUGCAGUUGCUUUGCUUUUGAUCCUUUUUUUUGGAAGCAGGGGUGGAUUCUCACCAUGUUCUCUAUGCUGGUCUUGAACUCCUGGGUUAAUCCUCCCAUAUCAGCUUCUCGAGUAACUGGGUCUAUAGGUGUGUGCCACCCUGUUCAGCUUUCAGAUUCCUUUUGUCUUAAAGCCACAUGUAGGCAUCUCUUCCUCCCCCAAAAUGAGCUUUAUUUUUCAGCUUCUAACAAUCUGGCAUGGGGCUGGCAAAGUGGCUCAAGUGGUAGAGUGCCUGCCCAGCAAGUGUGAGGCCAUGAGUUCAAACCCCAUUGCUGCCCCUCAAAAAAGUGGAAAGUGGUGAAUAACCCAGCAUGUAAAUCCAUAGAGCCAAAGUUUAUUGCAGGGUGGACCCCUGUUUGCCUGUAUGAAAUGUAAUUUUCUCUUGUAGGAUAUAUGGCAAAAGUAUUUUUCCUUGAAGAAAUCCAUAUACAGUAUGUGAGUUCAGUCUCCAACCUGCUCUAGAUUUUUAUCUACUACUCAUUGGAAUCUGGUCUGCUGUAAAGAAUAAUACCUUUCUGCCUUUCCCUGCCACCUAACACAUUAUAUUUUUCUUCUCAUUUCUGAAGCAGUGACACUGUGCCGUAUUUUGAGUGCUAAUGUUGAUUGAAGUUGUCCCUGAGAGGAUGUGCACUUGACAUGUCAAGGAGUGAGUGAUUAACAGCAGAUAGAAGUACUUUUAGUGUCAAGGCUUUGUCCAGUCCUUAUUACGAAACGUUGCCUGAAUACCAAUAAUAUGCUAGAUUUUCAAUAGACAAGAUUUCUAGCUUCCUCCUAUGCCAAUACCCUAUGCUCUAAAUGAAAAUAUAGUCUAUUUUGACAGUUGGAAGAGUAAUACGUUCUUUUUAAAUCUCUUAACAUUUAUAAUUUUAGCAAAUAUCAUAAAAUCAGUACUGUUUUUGUUUUACCUUUUUUCUACCUGAUAAUCUGAAUACUUGGAUUGUAUGUUUUUUGAUCAUUCAAUUUCUGUUGAACCAAUUUUAGUGAUGCAUUAUAUGUAAUGGGCAAAUUUUAUAGUGUGUGACUAAGCUUCUAAGUUAGGAAGUUUGGUGCUACUUCCUCAGAACUCAAAAGAUUAUUGCUUUCCUACUAAAUAAAAUGACCUCCUACUACUACUCAA